UUUUUCUUUUAUUUAAAAAAAGAUGAUUACAUGUAUUCUCAUGUUAAUUGCCUGUGUGGUGUACAAUGAAGCACAUAUAGAUUUUACAGACGACCUUGACUAUGCAGGAGUUAGUGGUUUAUUUGUUCCUAUUAAUGAGAAUAUCAACAAUGACGAGUUAUCAGCGCGUGGAAAUCUCAAUCCAAAUUUAAUAAAACAAGCUCAAAGUUUUUUAGACAAUAUUAAAGAUGCUUCUGAUUUGUUCACGAAAAUUAAAGACGCAUACAAAACGAAAAGUUUUGAAAUUUCAUUGUAUACAAAUUGUGUUGCUAAAAUAUCAUUUGCAGAUAAUAUAUAUUCAAUAACAGCUGAUGACAAAAAAUGUAAAAAUGGAAUCGAUUUUGGCCAAUUUAUCAAUAAUGUAUUCAAAAACUUGAACAUUGAUCAAUUAUCUUCAGAUUUUAUUCAAAGCAAUAGCCUUUUUAUCCGAUCACUAAAGAUUACCAAUGACUAUGUGUCUUUCUCAGGAAAAUACCAAAAUGAUUUCUCGCAUACUCAGUCAAUGCUUAAUCUAAAAUCUGUAGAGCUUUCUUUAAAGAUUCUUAAAAGUGCUGAAAGCAAAAUUAGUUUUGAAUUAAAAGGAAAGAUGAGCAACUUUGAUGUAAAUGUAAAAUACAAUUUGGCAGAUACUCCAAUUGCUUAUAUAACAGUUGUUGUAAAAAAAACAAAAGUUAAAGAUUUCAUUAUAGCUUGGGGUUUGCAAUCCUCUGAUUUGAGCUCAUUUCCUUUUGAAAAUAUAAAAGAUUCAGAAAUUAGUGGAGAGUUUAAAGCUUUAUACGAUACUAACAAGAAUCACUUUCAACUUCUGGCUCAACUAAAAUAUAAAGAUAAUGUAAUAGAUUUAACUGUCAAUUUAGUUAUUGACAAACCCAAAGGAAAGCCUGUUGCUGUUGCUUUAGUUGCAAAAUUUGACAAUCUUACAAAUAUUGUAAACUAUUUAAAAACUAAAUUGAAUUACAAUGGUCCUGAUUUUAUCAAAGAACUAAUUCAAAGUGGUACUCUUUCUAUUUCAAAGCAAAAAAUUGAUUUGAUUAACUCUAAAAGUUUUUUAAAGUUAGAUGGAAAAGUCCAACGUUCUGUAGAAGAAGGUAUUCACAUUUACAUUGAAACCGAUAUGAAAACUGCAUUGAAAAAUUGUGCUGAUAAAAAGAAACCUCGAAGUAUAGUAACUGAGUCAAAUAACAAAAAAGAUCAUCUAAUAAAGAUAAGCAUAUUAAAGACUGAUGGCGUUUUAAUAAAGUUACCUCAAGGGUUUUCACAAGACUUGAAAACAUUAAUGACAUGUUUUCUAAGAGAAAUGAAUAUUUACGUACAGACAGCAGUUGUUCCAGAGAUGCUUGAAAAAUCAAAAAGUCCUAAUUCUUUUUAUAUUAGUGAACUAUCUUUUUUAAAGAAGGAGUUCAAAAUGACUGUUUCAUACGAUGGUGAUAUAGAUGUUUCAUUUCUUGGCUUGAAAAUAUCAAAUCCAACAUUAGCAAUUAGUAAAAAGAAAAGUGAUAAAACUGGAGAGGAAGAACCAUGGAUUUUUAAAGGUCAUUCUGAAGUUAUUUCUGAAGUUCUGGUGGAUGCCACAAAGAAAGGAAGUAUCGACUUUACUUUUGACACAAACCAGAACAUUGAAGUUAAUAUUAAAAUUCCAGCUAUGGAAAUCAAAUCACUUGCAAGUUUUUUUAAAAUUCAACCAUUUGAAGGCAGUAACAAACGUCUGGAGAAAAGUUUCAAUUUUGGAAUAAAUGAUCUUUACAUCAAUGGUAAACUUGACAUCAAAGAAAAAAACGGAGAACUUACAGUGACUGCUUCUCCUGUAAUAGAAGGAAAAACUGGCUUGAAACUUGGUGUUUUUAUAUGGAAGCAAAACGAACCUCAAAACUCUAAUAAAAUUGGAAUAGCUAUUGGUUUAGUGAUAAAGGAUAUGCGUUUAGAUCAAGCUUUAAAGAAAUUUGCUAAUGUUGAAAUGUCAGCAUCAUGGCUUAGUGAUGUAUCUAUAGUAUUGUUGGCCAGUAACGCAAAUAAAAACUAUUGUAAACAAGAAAAUAAUAAAAAAUUACCAGAAUGUAAGAAGUCAUUAAAAGUAUCAAAAGACCAGAGUAAAAAAUUAGGUGAUAAGAAAGUAGAAGAUAAAGAUGAAGUACAGAAAAACACACAUUUCGAAACAAUAAAUGAACUUAAAGAAAUUGAUGUAGUGAAAGGACUUUUUUUGAAAGCUUCUGUUAAACUAAAAGAUGAAGCAACAUGUAUGGGUAACAAUAUGUGUCUGUUUCUUGUUAAAAAAGGUUUUACUGAAAUAUCCUUGGAAGGAGAAAUAACAGGCUUAAGUUUCACAAUUGUAGCAUCUGUUAAUGGUCAAAUAGCCUUAAGUAAAUCACUAUUUCUCAAAAGAGUAUCUUUGGUGUUGAAAUUUGGAAGCGAAAGUUCUAUUUCUAUUGAAUGUGAUUUUCACUUAACUUAUCCAGUGGUUGUAAUUUCAGGUUUUAUUAAAGUUGAUCCCUGUGGAAAGUUAAGUUUUGGUGGGUCUAUGAAAGGUAUGAUUGAAAAACCAUUUGAGGUACAAUGGCUUGCUGUUGGAAAUAUUAAUUUCGCAUUUGGACUUGAUUUGAAGACUGCUUUUCCAUCCAUUGAGAUGGGUGCAGAAGUUUGGCUUGGUAAACUUAAUGGAGGUCCUGAAGAGCUUUUUAAAUUCCAAGGUUAUUUUGGCUUAGAUGCAUCCGACCCCAAGAAAAGUUAUGUUUAUUUUCGUAAUAGUGGAACAAGUUUGACUAUCGGAAAAAUUGCCAAAGCAUUUAAUGUUAAAAAAGAAUUACCAGAAGCGGUUGCUGACAGUGGUUUUAUUGGUGAACUAAUAUUUUCUAUGAAUUGGGAUGAUAAAGAAAAAAAUAUUGGAAAAUUAGAUAUUUCUGUACCACCUGGUUACCUGUUCAAAGGAAAGAUUUCAAUAUUGCGUUACAAUAUUGAAUGUGAUAUUAGAAUUAACCCUUCUGGAAAAUCAUUUUAUGUAAAAGCAAUAUUUGAUCCAAUUCAUGGUUGGGGAAAUGGAGCUUUAGAUAUUUAUCGAGAUUUUGAAAAUCACAAAUUAGGACCUUUUUUAUUGGUUGAUAUAAAUGAGAACAAGUUUGAAGUUUGCAUCAGAGGUCGUAUAAGUUUUCUUGGAAUGAAAGCAGAUGUUGAUAUUCAGAUCAAUAACACAAACUUAUAUUUUGUUGUUAAUAAUUUUUUAUUUGAUGUUUUAUGGAUGAAAGUAAAUGUAAAUGUUCAAUAUUCUAAGUCAAAAGGAUUGGAAUACCUUUAUUUUGAUGGUUGUCUUGGUAUAAGUGCAGUAUUCGAAGUGACGAAUGUUGCUGUAAAAUAUAUAGAAGCUGCGCAGAAGAAAGUAAAUCUUGUAUUAACAAAGGCACAAAAUACUAUGGAGGAGGCCAAAAGGGAUAUUGAUAAAGUUGAAGCUAAUAUAGAGGCUUGGAAAGAUAAACUUAAUGGUUAUAAAAACAAGUUAGAGGAGAAAAGAAUACAACUUGAGAAUGAGAGGAGGGUUAUGAGUAAAAGUUGUUUUGAUGAAUGUGGAACAGAAUGUGUUGCAUUUUUUGGAUGGAAGUCUGAUUGCUAUAUUUUAUGGGGCCGCUAUGUUGGUUGUGUAACAUGGGAUGAUUGUAAAUGGAAGGCACCAAGGGUUGCAUGUAUUGCUGUUUGUGAAGUUAAUAAGGGUUUGGAAAAAUUUGCUUCAUGGGCAUCAGAAGUUGGAACUCAGAUAAUGAAAGGGUUAACAUCAAUAGGAGAACUUUUUUCUAAAACUGUUUCUAAUAUUUUGGAUUUUGCUAAAAGCAUUGUUACCUUAGCACAAAAUGUGGUUGAAUUUGCAAAAAAAUCAACAAACUCAAUUCUCGAAGCAAUUAAAGUAUUAGUCUCAUUCAAAAUUGAACAUAUAUGUCUUCAUGCUAAAUAUGAUCCAAAUAAAAAAACUUGUGCUGGAGUAAAAGUAAAAGGAAGUUAUUUUAAUAAUUUAACCUUUAAUAUUGAUGAAUCAAUGUGUUUUGAUACCAAUGCGUUAAUAAGUCUUGGUUCUAAAGCAGCAAAGGCUGCAAAACCUGAAAUAGAUCAAAGCAAAAUAGAUGCCAUUGUAGCAGAUGUUGAUGCCAAAGGAAAUGAUAUUUCAAAAGAAUGUCAGAAGGUACAAAGUCAAUAUUCAAAUUUUGAUAAAGACGCAAAAGAGAAGACAGACAAUAUUAAGAUCCCCACAGUAAAUUCUCCAAAGAAACCAUAUACUCUCUCUGAUGAAAAAGUUCGUGAAAAAAUAAACUUGAGAAAUGAUGAAAAAGAUGGUAUUAUGAAGCAUGCAGUUCCUUGGGAAAAUAUUGAUACUAAAGAAAUUAGUCCAAUGAUUUUUCAAAGCGAUGCAUCUGUUCGUCACUUAAUUCCUGAUGAAGAGUCUCAAGAUUUUUGUCAUCAACACCAAAAUGUUCUUUCAAGAUAUAGUACUAUUGCAGACAGUUUCUCAUUAGCAUUCAGUAAUAUAAACAAAGCUAAAGAGAGUUAUAUAAAUAAUAAAAAGUCAUAUUUAAAUGAAAUAGAGCAUUUGAAUGAUUUGGUUCAUUCUGGACCAUUAACCAACAUGACUUUGGAUGAGCAACAGGAUAUAUUGCGCUGGAGGGAUUACACAGAAGCUUACAUUAAAAGUUACAUACAAAAAGCAGCAAUUGUUUUCCAGGCAAGAAAACGUGAUAGCAUAAAUCAUGUUCGUCAUACUAUUAAUGAUGCUGUUGAAAGUGAUCGUGGCUUAAAACUGCCUGAGUAUAUUAAGUAUUUGCAUUCUCUUGCAGUUAAAGCUGAUAAAAAAUCACAAAUUAACAGAAAAAAACUUAAAGAUAGCUCCAUUUCUUUGCAUCACAUUAAAGAGAUUCUUCUUAACGUUGCUUCUGACGAUCAUAUACCAACAUUAGAGCUUGCAAAGAGCAUUGGUAAAGUUCAAAAGAUGCUGUCUGAUGUAAAGCGAUCAAGUAUUCCAUGCGCGGCAUAAUUUUUUAAAUAUCGAAUCGAGAUUAUUUAUUGCAUAGAAUAUUUAUUACAUAAUAUAUAUAUAUAUAUAUAUAUAUAUAUAUAUAUAUAUAUAUAUAUAUAUAUAUAUAUAUAUAUAUAUAUAUAUAUAUAUAUAUAUAUAUAUAUAUAUAUUAUUUAUUUUCAUAAAUUUAUUUAUUUACAAUACGGAAGAAUAUUGAAUAUCUGUUUUAAAUGAA